GCAGCCAUGGGCGACUCGGCGAAAGAGGGCCUUCUCCUAGCAGCCGCAUAUGUCUACGAUGCCCAGUACAACAGGAACAUCCCAUUCAAGACCUCGCCACAGGCAGUCAGGCUUUACUACCUCUAUAACCACAGGGCUAUGCAAGCUGCCACCUACUUCUUCAUUUUCGUGGACCUUGCCCUCGCAGUGUUUGAAGAGCCUGCCGUGUACCCAUUCCCUUUCUUGGUUACCUCGCUGAUUGAAGUCUUAUGCCUCUUGGUCUUCUUUGGAAGGCUCGUCCAUUUUGCCCAAGUCACCCCUCGCCUCGUGUUCUGGAAGGAUACAAAGAACAUUUGCAUCAUGAUAACAAUCCUGAUGACUUUGAUUGACAUAAUUAUCUACGGGGCUCUUAGAAUCUCAAGCAUUCGUAGCGUCCGGUGGUCCAGGCCUAUGCGACCCAUCUUCUUAAUAAACUUUGCAGAAAGUCGACAGAUCCGGCGAGCAUUCCGUAGCAUCCGGAACACUCUGCCCGAGAUCACCUACGUCUUCCUGCUGUUCAUGUUCAGCGUCCUGAUGUUUUCCCUCAUGGCCUUGAAGCUCUUUGGGGACAGGAACCUGAAGACUGUGGAAGGCUUGCCAUAUUUUUCAAAUUUCCUUGAAAUCGUGUUUGAUAUGUACGUGCUGGUGACCACGGCAAAUAGCCCGGACAUCAUGAUGCCGGCUUAUGAAUUCAGUGGGUGGUAUUGCCUGUUCUUCAUCGUCUAUAUUAUAAUAAACACCUACAUCUUCAUGUCUGUCUUCUUGGCUGUUGUGUACAACAAUUACAGAAAACACUUAAAAAAUGAGAUCCGCAAACUUGCUUACAUGAAGCGCCGCAAGAUGAUUGAAGCCUUCAACCUCUUGAAGGUCAAAGAGGGAGCAGACUUUGUCGUGAAGGAAGACCAGUGGAAGCUUCUUGUGAAACUGGUGGCGCCUGAUAUUAGCACAUCCCAUAGAGAGCUCUUGUUAAGAAUAUCUGAUGAAGAGCAGAAGGGCAAUGUGGAUAAAAAAUCUUUUGUACGUCUGGCCGAUCUUUUGAAUAUACAGGUGAUCACUAUGAAGCUCCGCAGCCAUCCCUUGGCCCUCUGGUUCCCCCAUGUGUACAACUCUGCUCCCAGCCAGUUCAUACGCAAUAUGGUCCAGCACAAGGGAUUUGUUUGGGUAUAUGAUGUAAUCAUACUAAUUAAUGCUGUCUUCAUUGCCCUGGAUGAGAAGAAUCCAUAUAUUUCCUAUGCUGAGUGGGUAUUCCUUUGUCUGUAUAUAAUUGAGAUCCUCCUGAAAGUGUACACCUAUGAACCCAGGACCUUUUUUGCAAGAAACCAGUUCUGGAACUGGUUUGAUACUUCUAUCAUUAUUGCUGCGCUGAUGGCAACAGUACUCAACACUACGCUUAAAUCAGUGAGUGUGUACAACAGCCAACAAGUACUGGACAUUGUGUUCAUCCUACGAGUUCUUCGGCUCAUAAGAAUUAUCGACAGCAUACAAAGGUUCCGUGUCAUCAUGAAUACACUAAUAAACAUCGUACCUACGAUGCUGACUUUUGGCGCGUUGGCGCUGGUGGUGUAUUACAUGUUCUCCAUCGUUGGGAUGGAAAUCUUCCGCGGGAAGGUGCAGUUCUAUGCUGGGAACAGCACCGCGCAACAUGCACCAUACUGCGGAAACCCUGCUCUGAAAGACAGCCCAUUCGCCCGAGCCAAAUAUUGCAAGAAUAACUUCAAUGACAUUGCGGCGUCUUUCAUCGUCCUUAUGGAAUUAACUGUCGUCAACCAAUGGCAUGUCCUUGCCAGUGGAUUUGCACUCGUGACUCACCAGGUCGCAAAGCUGUACUUCAUCAUCUUCCACAUUGUCGUAGUUAUUAUGAUAAUUAACAUCUUCGUAGCAUUUAUUCUGGAAGCUUUCUUUGUGGAGUACUCCCUUGAAAAGAGUGAAGUAGAAACUGCCAUUGAGAAGAAGAUCCAAGAACUUGGUGUAGGGAUCCAAGAGGAUGAACUACUAGAUGGCAAACUGCUAGACAACAUGGAAACUUGUGAAAACGACCUUGGAGGAGAAGAGGGAAUAGCAGCAAAGAAGAAGCCUAAAGGGCUGAUGUUUAAAAUUGCUUCCAAAAGAUACAGGACUGUGGAUGCUUUACUUCAGCGCAUGUUUGAAGCCGAGAUCCCGCCGGAGGAAGAAGGCCCCUCGCUGGAUGAGAUCUUGAACCUUUCCCCAGAUGAUGCUUACCCGAAAAACCCUACCUUUGACAGUGCUGCAUAAUACGGAGAAUGAAUGGAAAUAACUGGCAACUUUUCUGGGGGUGGGAGCGAUAAAGUCUUCUGUUGAGUCCUCUGACUGCUGUUUUCACAGCUGCCCCCUGGGGCCAUCUGCCACUUGGAACUGUAAGGUUCAUGGUGGUCUCCUCUCCCAAUUCCUCCCUCCAAUGAAUUAAGCAAUCUGCAAUGUUCAGUGGUGGUAUUUUUUAAAAAAUGUAUGUAUAUAAAUCAUGAAAAGUGCAGUAUUUUUUAUAAAGGGAAAAGCACAUUGGAUGUGCCUAAAGUACUUGACUUCCUCCAGGGGCACUUAGCAUGCUACCUAAAUACAUAGCAUUAAAACCUCUAUAAAAUGUCUUAAUAUUUAACUCUGCAAUGCAGUUGUCUACUACGGUAAAGUUUUUCUCGGAUGCAUUAUCACUCAAGAUGCAGAGGAAACAAUAAUAAAGGUA